AAUGCUUGUGUCUACUACAAAAACUAGAACUGCGCACUGUGUAAAACCUUAUCCAAACACAAAGAAACCCCACUUUUUGUGUGGAAUGAAAUCUGCAGCUCAGAAAAGGCAGGAGUUAAAGCAUUUUGUUUCAUUUUAACUGUUCAAAGCGUCCCCAAACGAGGUUGAGGACGCGGCUGCCCCCAGCAGCGCAGGCACGGGGGGGUCGGGGCCGCCCGCUGCUGCGUGGUCGCGGGUUCGCGUCCUGCGUGCGGCUGCCCAGCGCGGCGGGUGCUCCGCAGCCCAGCGAGAGUUAACGGCGGAGCCGCCUCUCCAUUGGCGGCCGGCGGAGCGGCUGCGGUGCCCGCGUUUAUAACCGCCGGCCGGGACGCCGCAGCCCCUCCGCCGGCACCGCGGGCUCGGCUCCAUGCCGCGGCGGCCGGCAUGCCCAGCCUGCUGCCGCCCUUCCUCGCCCUGCUCUGCUUCGGGCCGCCGGCGCCCGCCCUGAGGGCUCCGCGCCGGGUCGAGCCGGGGCCCGAGGCGGCGGAGGAGCCGUGGUGCCCGUACAAGGUGGCGGCGGCGGAGGGCGCGGCGAACGGGCGGCUCUGCUUCCGCACGCCGGCCCGCGGCUUCCAGUGCGCGGCUCGCUCCUGCCGCGCCCACCGCUCCCCGGGCGGCGCGUUCGUGGCCAACGUCCUGCGCAACGGCAGCGUGCUGCUGCAGUGGGGGCUGCUGCACUGGGGGCCGCCGCGCCCCUCCGCCGGCCUCCGCGGCUUCGCGCUCAACUGCUCCUGGGACGGCACCUACACGCGUUUCCCCUGCGACAGCGUGGAGCUGGGCGCCGCCUGUCGCGACUACCUGCUGCCCGAGGCGCACGGCAGCGUCCGCUACCGCCUGUGCCUGCAGCCGCGCUACGCGCCGCCGCGCCCCGCGCCGCCCGCGCAGUGCGUGGAGUUCCGCGUGGAACCGGCCGCCAUGCGGGACAUCGUCGUCGCCAUGACGGCCGUGGGGGGCUCCAUCUGCGUCAUGCUCGUCUUCAUCUGCCUCCUGGUCGCCUACAUCACCGAGAACCUCAUGAGCCCGGCCCUGGCCGCUCCGCGCCGCGCUUAAGCUCCCGCGCUGCCCGGGCGGGGAGGAUGCUCCGGCCGCCGGCCCGGGAUGCAGCGGCUGCCGGUUCUGCCGGUUCUCUCGCCAAACCGCUUCUCGCAGCACCCGGCACCGUCCUUCCGGCUCUUUCAGAGGAGAGGUUUAUCUCUUUUUCAGGUUUUCCAAACUGUUCUGGCAGCGGUUCGGCCUCGUUUGAAGUGUCGGGUGUCCUGGGUUUGCUUUUCCCAAACUUCCCAGGAUUUUUUAUUCUUUUUCUCAGUAUUUGGAGCUCUGCCUCCUAGGGUGGCUUUUCAGCGGGAGCCAUACGUGGUUACUGAUCUCUAGCGGAUUAAAAGUAAAUAAUGGCAAAGGUCCACAAGUGCCAGAAAAAUGUCUGUUUUUAAAAGCAAGUGACAGAUCUUACAGAGGCCUGUUUCGGAAGACUCUCCAGAACACCUGUAUUUUAAGCCUAUGCCUAAAUCCUCUUGCUCUUAGACAAUGCUUGAAUUUUUUUCCUGGGGGGAAACAUUGUUUAAAGUCUAUGAGAACGGACCAGUGGAACCACAAGACCUGUAGCUAAGUGUAUGUUGAUCCAAAGCCCACCUAAAUCUUGUGACUUAAGUGGGUUUUGUAUCGUGCCUUAUGCCAUUUACAGAUUCCUGGACCCAGGCUGGCCACUGUCCAAAACAACAGGGGUUUCCUGGUCCGCUCGAGUGACCAUCAGCAUCCUACGCCGGUUAAACUUGCUUUUUUCUCCCUUUAGAACUGUCUUAUCGGUAGUUUCCACAAAGAGCAAUGCUAUAGGGACGAACUUAGUUUGAGAAUUCCCUUUUGUUGUGCAAGUAUGAACUGAUCCUUAAUUAAAAAAUAAGUACGAUGUAAUUGAGCACCACCACUACCCUCUGAAGUCCCAUCCUUUAGGAAUGCUGUGUGCAGCUACACAAAGGGAAAUGCAUCUUAAACACAGUUCACUAAUGUUGUAGCCGAGUGUUUUGAGCAUAGGAACACUCCUCGUAACUGCUCACUCUAUGCUGUAGUAAGUCAGGUUUUAGCCAUAUUCUAGUAUUAAUUCUAUUGUGCCUUAGUGCUGCGAAUUUGUUCCAUUUAUAUUGGUGUAUCUGUCCUGUAGUCCUCAUAGACAACUGUAUCUUCCCUGGUGUUUUUGUCUCUGAACUAGUGGUUGUUGCUUUGUUUGUUCAGUUGGUUUUUUAAACAAACUUAGGUUGAUCCUUACUUGAACUUUAGUAUAGACACAGAAUAGAGUCAGUUACCACCUGAGAGGUAUUUACUUAGUGAGCUAGUUCUUAUUUAGUGUUGUUUGUAGGUAGUUGACUGCUGUAACAGAAAAAUCACUUUCCCUCACUUAAACUGAGCACCUAAAGCAAAAGUAGGGGAACAGCUCUUCUGCAAAGGGGCAUCGUUAUUAAAAUAUGUCAGUGUCAUUUGUGAGCUGUUUGGGUAAAUGUUUAUCACUGAUGAAUGACCCGGAUAUUUUUCUUUGUAGAAGUAGUUUGUGAAGUAUAAACUUGUUAGUAGAGGGUAAAUAUAGAAAGCAUAUUGAAUCCUUAAUGAUUUGUACCAAUCAUAAUCCCUUCAGUUAUUUGAGAGCGGCUGAGAAACCGAAGGUGUGUGUUUCAUCAGGCAGAAAUACCUUUUAUUCUUGCUGUGUUUCCUUUCUCCUGUGCAGCUGACUCUAAAUGUAAGUGUUCUCUUUUGAUCAGCUCGCCUAUGUACCCGAUUUCAGCGGCCUGACCAUAUCUAGCACCGCAGCAACAGAAAGAUGGUGUCAUUCAUUGCUACUGAAGGACAAUGUCAUAAUUUUUCUUGGUUUUUAAUCCCUAAGGAGAUUGACUGCUCGAAGAAAACACAACCAGUUCUUAAGAACAGUACGACUAAUUGUACCUAGUGGUUUAGUUCAGUGAAUUUAAAUGCAGAUGAAAUUUGGGUCAAAGGUGUUCUCAAGGUUUCCCGUCAGUGUUUCCUGUAGCCCAUUCUGCACAGGACUGUUGGAGUGGCGCUGAUUCUGUACAUCUCUGUCAGCUUCUGUCAACCAGUGUUACCGUUUUGUUCUUCAUCUCGUCGUGAAUCGCCAGAUGUGAAAAUUAAGUGUAUAAAUAAUGAGCCCUGUACCACUUUGGCAUUGACCUUAAUAAAUUAAGAAAAUAAUGAAAUUAAAAUGUCACAAAUA